AUGUUGAGAGGCCGUAACAGGACGGCGGGAGAGGUGAGACAGCACAUGGCAGGUGGUGGUGGUGGUGGUGGUGGUGGUGGUGGUGGUGGUGGUGGUGGUGGUGGUGGUGGUGGUGGUGGUGGUGGUGGUGGUGGUGGUGGUGGUGGUGGUGGUGGUGGUGGUGGUGGUGGUGGUGGUGGUGGUGGUGGUGGUGGUGGUGGUGGUGGUGGUGGUGGUGGUGGUGGUGGUGGUGGUGGUGGUGGUGGUGGUGGUGGUGGUGGUGGGUGGUACUUACUGUAG